AUGAAGUCGCUUCACCAGAUGGCUCGCCGCCAGGCCCUGACCGGGCUGGCCAUGCCCCGCGUCCUCUCCUCCCAGAACAUUGCCGCCAGCCGGACGUGGCAGCGCGCAUUUGGUGCCUCCGCAGCGGCGGCCUCUCAGCUCCCAGGUCUCGAUGCGUCCAAGUUGACUAUCACCAAGACCACCACUCCCCAGGAGCCCAAGGAGCCCAAGGAUCUCGUCUUUGGAAAGUACUUCACUGAUCACAUGCUCUCCGUGGAGUGGACGGCUACCGACGGAUGGCACGCACCUCGCAUUGUCCCCUACCAGAAUCUCAGCUUGGACCCAGCGACCUGUGUGUUCCACUAUGCGUUCGAAUGUUUCGAAGGAAUGAAGGCGUACAAGGACAGCAACGGUGGCAUCCGUCUGUUCCGCCCAAACAAGAACAUGGAGCGUCUGAACAAGUCUUCCGCGCGCAUUGCUCUUCCCACCGUGGACGGCGACGCAUUGACUAAGAUUAUUGGAGAAUUCGUGAAGCUGGACAGUCGGUUUAUUCCUGAUGCUCGCGGCUAUUCAUUGUACCUCCGUCCCACUAUGAUCGGCACACAGAAGACCCUUGGCGUUGGCCCACCGGGCUCCGCCCUUCUUUACGUCAUUGCCAGUCCUGUUGGUCCUUACUAUCCUACUGGAUUCAAGGCCAUCUCCCUGGAGGCCACUGAUUACGCCGUCCGCGCCUGGCCAGGUGGUGUCGGUGACAAGAAGCUCGGAGCCAACUACGCUCCUUGCAUUCUGCCCCAGCUUGAGGCCGCCUCCCGCGGGUUCCAGCAGAACCUGUGGCUCUUCGGCGAGGAGGAGUAUGUUACCGAGGUCGGCACAAUGAACCUCUUCAUUGCCCUGAAGAACAAGGAGACUGGACAGAAGGAGCUCAUCACCGCUCCUCUGGACGGUACAAUUUUGGAGGGUGUCACUCGUGACUCCGUCCUGACCCUUGCCCGCGAGAGACUGGGUCCCAAGGGCUGGAACAUCUCGGAGCGCAAGAUUCGCAUGUCCGAGGUUGCGGAGGCCUCUGCCGAGGGCCGCAUGAUCGAAGUCUUCGGUGCCGGCACUGCUGCUAUUGUCAGCCCUGUCCGUAACAUCAGCUAUCGCGGUAAGAUGGUCGACUGCGGUCUGAAGGAGGACGAGGAGGCUGGCGAGAUUGCUCUCCAGAUGAAGAACUGGAUUGAGGGUAUCCAAUACGGUGAUGAGCCGAACCCGUGGAGUGUCACUAUCUAA